UUGGCGAGCAAACAUUGAUCCCGACUGGUAACCCUAAGAGAUCCUCAACUCUUGAAUACUGUGUGUGCUAACUUUGUGUGUUCGGCUAAAUAUUUUGGUGUAUAGUUUUGAAUAUCGAAUUAUUCACAUGAGUCGAUGUCAUCUGAUAAGAAAGAAUACCCUGCAGUAGGGGCUUCUGCUCCUUCUGCCCCUACCUACAUUGGAGUACCCAGUGCUUCACCUCAUCAGGUUACCAUGGCCACUCCAUAUCCUGCUUAUCCUGCAUCUGCUUACACAUCUCCCGCUUACUUGCCUUCUUCAGCUCCCACGUAUCUACCCGCAUCAUAUGCUGCUCCUCUGCAACAUCAUCUACCAUAUGGUACAGUAAGUGUUGCGCCAAAUAUCACAGCAUUUGGUGUUCCACCUACAUAUUUGCCUCAGUUAACACAAGUUUACUCUCCCCGCCCUGGAACGGUGUAUGUUCCGGCAGCGGCCACUUACGAUGCUAGUGCACGCUUUGAUGGACAUGCUAUGCCUGUCGUUCCCCCAGUGCCCCCUGGUGUGGCGCCCAAUGCUGCUCAAUUGGCCAUGAUGCAAGGUAAUCCUGUGGUCCUAAGCCAGCAGAAAAACAGUUUUCUGACCGGCGGUAGUGGAGCCGGUUACACAUUCUGGUAGUAGGGACCAAUGCAGUCGGCUAGAAAAGAGAACGGUGACAUCUAGACGAGUGCUCACGACUUUUAGCCAAGCUAUGCAAAAUAUUUGGGGCACAGUUGAUGAGCAGAAGGCAACUUAUAUGCAAGCAUUUUUCUAAGAAGAAAACAAAAAUGAAACCCAUCUACAAGAAUUCUAGACCCUAAUUUGUCUGACCCCAUUUUUUCAUUGUAAAUCAUGCCUGAUUGCAUACGAUAGCAGCUUAAAUUAUAUACAUAUGUAUUUGAAUGUGUAUAUAUAUUUGAGCAGUUUUGUUUAUUUUGUAAACUAAGAACAUAGUUAAAAAAUAAAUGUAAAAAGUAGCUGUCCUUGUAACAAUCAUUUAUUUUUCCAGUAAUAUGUAUCAGAACCUGCAUGGAAAUAAAGGUGCUAUAGCCUUUUCGAGAAAGGUUAUUGAGGUUACUCGAAUAUUUUUUCCAGUAACAAAAGCAACUGCAUUUGUAUUUAUUAUAUUUAUUUAUGUCGUUUUUAAACUUUAUAAUUUUUUACACUAUGAUAGCCUUUUGAUAAUGCUAAAUAUUUUGAUUGAAUUUUAGAUUUUUUACAAAAACUUAAAUGUGAAUAUUUUAUUUAAAACUUUGUAUAAGUUUAGUUGGGUGAAAAAAAAUUCUUAUUGUAAUUAACUGCCUACAGCUGGGUUAUGUGGGGUUUUUUUCUCUCUCUCUCUUGACAAGAGCAGGGCAGCAAAUUUUGUCCUAAUUUUAAAAAAAAAAAAAACUAGCACUAACUUUAUAUAUUUCAAAGAUUUUUUAUUUGACACAGUUACCUUUGUGGUGUCAUUUCUGUUUACAUUUUUAAGAAAUGGUGAGUUAAAUUAUUACUUGGUUAUAUUUAAGAAAAAAAAAUGUAUGUUUUAAACAAAAUUGCAUAAAAGUGAUUUCAAAAUGUUUAGUUAUACUGUCCUUUAAAAAACGGUUUUAUAAACGAGCUUUGGAAUUAAUAAGCAUACGUCAUAAGCUAAUCUAAGUAAGUCAUAAAGUUUUUCAUGGUAAACAUAUUUUUUGGUUUAAUCGAUAAUGAUGUAGGCAGGUAAUUACAAACAAGCGCUAUUAAUACUCAAAGUAUGAAUAUAAUUUAUGCAAACAAAUCUUAAAUAUCAAUUAAGUUUUCACUGAAAUUGAAAUGUUUGUUUUUAUAUUAUUUAAGAGAUUUUGGAUUAAUUCAUGGUAAUGAAGUUAAUUUGUUCUUUUAAAAAAUGUUCCACUGCAAUCAAAACGCAGUUAAUUUGCAGCAUGAAACAUUUUUUGCUUUAAAUUAAAAUACUGAUACUUUACCAGUAUAUAAAAUAUUAAUGCAGUUUAUUUAACUUCUAAUUUAUUUGUUUUCAUUUGUAUAUUGUAUUUCCAUGCAUUUAGCAGCCAAUUCCUCUAAGGAUAAUAUCAACUGCAUCAGAAUUGCAAAGUAAAAGAUUCAAGUUUUUUUUUAGAUUGUAUACUAUAUUUGUUUUGAGUAUUUUUAACCCACAAAUGAGGGAAAGCAAGAUGGAAAAAAAAUCAAAUUGUUAUGUUUACCUUAAAAUUUACUAUAGAAAUUGUUAUUUUGUUAUGUUUUCUAGUGAAAUUGAAAAUAUAUUUCAAAAAAAAAAUUGCAUUUCUGAGCAUAAUAAAAUAGAAUUAAAUUGUUAA